UCCAUUUCGUACUGUACAGGCAAAUUGAGCAAUGCGAGACGUGCAGUAUAUGAUCCUUAUUCAUCCAUUCGAUGGUCAACCAGUACCACUAUCAGUAAUAUCACCACAGAAAUAGCAACAUUCACAUCAAUAGCAAUG